AUGCGGGCACGGAAAUUCCGAGCAGCAAUCGACAGGGCGAAAGCUGUAUAUCUAAAGAAAAACCAAUGUGACGAUGAAACACUAGCUUUCGAUGGAGUUGGCACAUCCUCGUGCUGGGACAGGCUCCCAGUUGAGAUCAAGAUCAAUAUCUUCAGGCGUUGUCGACUGCAGGACGUGGUUAAUCUGAGACUGGUCUCCCGAGCUUUCAGCACCCUUAUAGAUAUCCAUGAGCAGGCCAUUUCGCGGGAAUAUCUACGGUUGCGGAGGCAUGGAAGUCUGCCAUCUCCCAUCGAUGAAUCAAGAACAUAUACAAGAGAACCGGAGGAUGAUGUGAUUCUUCUCUCGGAUCUGUUUCCGCCGCCCAGGGCUGAAAAUGGUGCGAAUGAUGUGUAUUCAUUCCGGUACCUCUGGAGUCUGCGGAGGAGGCAGGAAGCGUGUUCCAAACUUGCAAAUCAUCUCGCAGACAGUGUGUUAGAGAGGUACUUGCAAAGUGAUCCUGCUCAUAGAGCUAUAUUUACAUCUAAAAAGGACUUUCAAGCCUAUCGUGAAGGCGGAAUAGCGCAGUUGCAAUUCAAGCUUACACCCCUCAUGUUUUAUACUCUGUUCUUCUUAGAGACAUACGCGCAGGCCCGGUCUGAACUUCAGUCCAACCUCUACGCCGUAUACAAGGCUGGCCGACUUCCUGUCACCAUUCAACCCGCCGACCGCACCAUAAUGUUCCGCAAACUUCAGGCUAAAAUCGUCAGUAGUCCUCCAUUUACAAACACCCGAACACUCGUGUCGACCCACCAUUGCAUCCACCUUCUCGUCUCCUAUCUGCAACUCACACUCUCCUCCGAGCAGCCAUUCCCCACAUCUUGCGAUCUGUGGAUUAGCAUGCUGCUCACCACAUCCGGGCUAGGCCGGAUUGCCGAAUUUUUCGCCGCUGAGAAGGGAGGGGGUAAUAACCAGCGCAGCAUACGGAGGGAGUUCAUGCGGAAUAUGCAAGCCGAUUUAGAUGCGAUUAGGAACGAUGAGCGGGCCUCUAAGGUAUAUGGGAGCGGGGAAGAAAGUAGGAGGCCGCCCCGCCUACGGGAGAUUUGGUUUGAGGCAGCGAGGAAUGAAAUGGAGGUUCGCGGGGUCAUGCCGCAUCAGACGGAGGAUUGGGUGAUUGUAUGGGAAGGGGCGAAGAUUAGUAUUGGUUGUCAAAACUGUGAAGGGGAGGAUGGGUGGCUGGCAUGA